GGUUUUUUCUCGUUUGUUCCUCUUUCUCUUCUUCAUUUUAUUUCCUUCAAUCAUCUUGAUUUUCGUUCUGGAAAAUUCUCCACUCUACUGGCAACUAUCCCUUUUGACCAAAAAAACCAAGAUACCGUACCAUCAAUCAGCAUCACUACUCAUGACCCAGCCAGCCACAGCCACAACCAUAGCCAUCCCCCUUCCCACCAUAAUCCCUUUCCCUUGAGAUUCCCACUCAACCCAGUUGCCAUCGCAUACAUCCUCUACCCCUGACGUUUACAAGGGGUCAUCACCCAUGGACGCAAAUCCCACCCACCGCCCCAAGCGCCGUCGCCUGGACACGCCGGAUAAACACCAGCACCAGCAUCAACACCAGCACUACCAAACCCCCUCCCACCACCACCACCACCACCAGCAACACAACCAACUCUCGCAUAAAAAGAACACGAAUACUCCACUCAGCGCCAGCACGAAACACAACGGCUACGCCCACAGAAUCCAAUCCCCGGUACCACUCGCACCACCACCAGCAACCGCAAGGCCAAGCUCCGCCGCCGCCGCCGCCGCCAACGAUGCCGAUGACUCCGACUCCUCAGACGAACUGGCCGCGGGCUCCGAGCACGACGAGGCCGAGGAACGCCGCCGCCGUGCUAGCUGGAGCAUCCAGAAACAGAAAAACGUGUAUCCGCCGCAGCGGCCCUAUCAUCCGCCUGAGCGGCGCAGUCUGAGUGGCUCCGAGAGUCCGGAUGAGUUGACGAUCGACGCGGAGGAGUAUUGGCGGUCGACGAGUCGGAAGCGUGGGUCGAUUGGGGUUGCGGGGGUUGCUGGAGUCGCAGGGGGAGUGGGGGAGGAGGAGGAUGGGGAGGAUGAGGUUGGUGAGGAGAGGGAGGGGGAGGGGGAGGAUGAAGACGGGGAAGAGGAGGAUGUGGAUGUGGCUGGGGAUGGGGAUGUGGAGAUUGAUGAGGGUGACGGUGAGGGUGAGGACCAGGGUGAAGGUGAGGGUGACGUGGGUGCUGAUGCUGAUGCUGCUACGCCGGACGGGGAUGAUGUUGAGAUUGAAAACGGGGAGGUGGAGGUGGCCGUGGAGGUUCAGGUCGAGAAGCGGAAUCUGGACAAUCCAGAUGGCAACGUUCAGGAGGAAAAAGAACAAGACCAAAAAGAAGAUGUGGAUGCAGGAGAGGACAUGCAGAUGGACGAAAUGGACCAAACUACCAAUGUCGCUGUGCUCCCCUCCGUCGCCGCAGAAGCCGAUGCUCCUCCGCUCGAAGAAGAAGAAGAUGCACCUGAAGACGACGAAAUAGAGCCUCACGACAGCAACAAUCACGACAACAACGAUGACGAGAAUGCACGUGAGGACGACGAACCCCCCCGCGACAACUACCCCGGAGACAACGAAGACGAGGAGAUGGUCAACGCCGAUGAUGGCCUUGAUGUCGACGAACCGGAACCCACCACGAAUAGCGAUCUCGUGGAAGAAACCCCAGAUUCGUACCCCGACCGGUCGCUUACGCCCGUCUCCCAACCGCCGCCGCCGCCGCCGAAACCGGAUAAGGUGGAUUAUCGCGCGAAGUUCCUACUUCGCGGUCAUCUGCGGGGGGUGUCCGCCGUGCGGUUCUCGCCAGAUGCGUCGAUGAUCGCGAGUGGAGGAGCGGACGGGGCUGUCAAAGUGUGGGACACGGUGACCGGGAAAUUGAUCCAUUCGUUCGAGGGCCAUUUGGCGGGUAUCUCUACGAUCUCGUGGAGCCCGGAUGGGGCGACUAUCGCAUCUGGAUCGGACGACAAGACGAUCCGACUGUGGAACGUCCUGACGGGCAAGGCGCACCCGAUCCCGUUCGUUGGUCACCACAACUACGUCUACCAGAUCGCAUUCUCCCCGAAAGGCAACAUGCUCGUCAGCGGCUCCUACGAUGAGGCGGUCUUCCUGUGGGACGUGCGGUCGGCGCAGGUGAUGCGGUCGCUGCCGGCGCAUUCGGAUCCGGUGGGCGGCAUCGACGUAGUCUGGGACGGGACGCUGAUCGCCUCGUGCGCGACGGACGGGCUGAUCCGCAUCUGGGACACGGCGUCGGGCCAGUGUCUGCGCACGCUGGUGCACGAGGACAACCCGCCCGUCACGGCGGUCAAGUUCUCCCCGAACGGGAAGUACGUGUUGGCGUGGACGCUGGACGACUGCGUGCGACUGUGGGACUACGUGGCCGGCCGGUGCAUCAAGACCUACCAGGGUCACAGCAACCGGAAGUACAGCCUGCAGGGCGGAUUCGGCACGUACGGCGGAGAGCCCGCCACCGGGAUGCCGGUGUAUGCCUUUGCGGUCAGCGGCAGCGAGGACGGUGCCGUGCUGUGCUGGGACGUGGUGAGCAAGCAGGUCCUGCAGCGCAUUGAGGGCCACACGGGCGUGGUGCUGGGGGUGGAUACGUGCUCGCUCGGCGGGGCGCGGUUGAUGGUCAGUUGCGGGCUGGAUGGGACCGUUCGCGUCUGGGAGGAGGCGAGCACCGCCGGCGAUGCGCAUGCGCAUGGCUCGACAACCAACGGCGCGCAGACGAAUGGCACCACGCUGAACGGCUAUGGGAGUUCGAUCUCUGACCCCAACACGCCGGCCGAACUGGCGGGCACUGAGGACGCAACGCCGAUGCCCACGACCACGACGGAGUCUGGGUUGGCCCAGACCAACGGACACCAUAGCAUGCCCGAGCCAGAAGAUACUGAAAUGGGUGGGGCCUGAAUGAUAAGAGCAAACAUAUUAACAGCAUCUUGUGUACUGUACAGCGGUGUAAAUCAAGGGAUCAAUGGAAUGGCGUUUCAAGGUUGAGG